GGGUCUUGUCUGAGCACCAGAACCGGCUGAAAUCCCCUGGGCUGCUUCAGAGGAGCAGGAAGGGGCCAGACAUUUGAAUUGCUUUCUACUUUUGAACCAAGAAACAAGCCAAGAAAAUGAAGUCUUUGAAAGUUCUCUCUCUGCUCCUUGCCUCUCUGAGCCUUGUUUUGAUGGAAGAGAAUGUCUCGGGCGUAAGUGUAAGGAGUCCCAGUGCCAGAGCGGUGCAGAGGCGCUACUCUGAGGCCACCCUGGCAAGCGAUUACAGCCGCACGAUGGAUAACAUGCUGAAGAAGAACUUCGUGGAAUGGUUGCUAGCCAGACGGGAGAAGAAAAGCGAGAACAUCAUUGAGCCAUACAAGAGGGAAGCCGAGCCCCAAGUAUCCGCUGUGAAUGGCCAAAGCCUGGACCUGAGCAGCCAGGAAGCCAAAGACUUCUUUGCCUGGCUUCUGAAAAACAAGAAAAGUCAGAGUUUUACUUCUCCAGAUGGAUCAGAAGAUUUGAAGGAUGUUUUGAGCCAGGAGUUUCUGACAUGGCUGAUUUCGGCUGAUCUCUGCAGACCAACGGCUCUGUAACUCCAGGACCCUCCAGAGGAGCUGCCUCUUGAUCCUACCCACAGAUAUGUUAAGGAGGAAGAUAUUUUAUGUUCCCUCUGCUCUGUGCAUAUUGUCCAAUUUGCUAAUGUAAGCAAUAAAGAGUUUAGUCUGAAGCUGAAAUAAGACUGA